AUGUCAUCGUCAAACCACCUGGCUCACCCAGCAAGAGCAGAAACAGCUGUAUUCCAACAUUCACCUUCACACGACUCAAAGCUUAAAACAGAGUGGGAACCGGGUUGUCAACCUGAUGAGAUAUACGAUCGGUAUCUCCCUUCUUGGCGAGCAUGGCUGAGGAGGAGGCUGGUAAAGAGGCUGAGGGAGGAGAAAGAUUGGAUGGCUGAUUGGCAAAAGAGAGUAAGGAAUGAUAGCAGGGAUCAGUUUUUUUAUUGGACGGCUAUAUUUGGGACACAUACAUUCUUCAUGACCUUCUUACCGGUACUGUUCUUCUUUGGUUUCCCACUGAAAGGUAGAGUAUUACUCCAUGUUGUGGGUAUGGGAAUAUACGUUUCUUCCUUUGCGAAAGAUCUGGUGUGUACACCUAGACCAUAUAGUCCACCUGUGAUACGUCUGAGUAUGAGCACGCAUCACCAUGAAUACGGCUUUCCUUCUUCCCAUUCUACCAACUCGACCAGCAUCGCUCUUUUCUUCGGGCAAUGGUUGUACGAACUUCGAGGUCAUGUUGGAAUGCCUACGGUCAUUGUUGGAUGGAUAUUCCUGACGAUAUACGCUGCCAGUGUAAUAGGAGGAAGACUGUAUACGGGAAUGCAUUCGACAGCCGACAUCAUAGGAGGUGGUCUGAUGGGCACAGCCUGCUGGCUAUUUUGGAUACUGGUAGGAGAUCAGACGGAAGCAUGGGUGAAUACAGGUACAUGGUUAGUUCCCGGUAUCACUGUCCCCCUCACCCUCGCACUGGUACAUUACCAUCCUCAACCGUUAGAUGAUUGCCCAUGCUUUGAAGAUGCCAUUGCCGUCCUCUCAGUCAUACUAGGUUCAUUCUUGGGGCAUUGGUGGGGAGUUGUAACGAAUCAAGCUUUACCAGCUCUUGUACAGCGAGAACCAUUUGGUAGAGGCUUUUUCGUUGGUGUUGGAAUAGCUAUUUUCAGGUUGAUAUUAGGUCUAGGAUUGAUGUUCGCUUGGAGAUUAGUCGUGAAGGCCUCUUUACUUCGUAUACUCCCACCUAUAUUUAGGGUGAUCUCGAAACUCUCAGGAAGUCAUCUACCUACAAGAAGGUUCUAUAAAGCUGCCACUGAUUAUCAAGAAGUACCUACGAAGAUUGCAUUCAGACAUAUCCCUUCAGUGGUGGAUCUCCAAAUUGGUGAAACUGAUUCUUCGACUGGCAUCUCACCUGUAGAUUCACCUUUGUUGAAUGGGAAAGAAUUGAAAUCACCUCCUUACGCUGAGAGUGAAGGAUUGAGGAAGAGGAUGAAUAACAGUAAUACUACAGAAAAAGAAAAAGAGAAAAAGAGAAAGGAUGAGGAGAUUAGAGUAUUGGUCAGGAUGAACAAACGGAAAGGUGACAGAGCGAAGUAUGAUGCAGAAGUCCUCACUAAAGUCGGGGUCUAUACUGGACUAGGUCUUAUAGCAACAUCGUUCAUACCCGUACUUUUCAGGCAGAUCGAAUCUAGGAUAUUUGGAUGA